ACUACUGAAGCAAGCACAGACGCGACGCAGUUAGACGUCUUCUAUAAUUCACCAGAUAGUGACGAUCUGCUUCAGAAUACUAGUAAGAAUACUAGUGUACUUUGUGAAUAUUUCAACUUUUCCUCUGCAGCAGGAGAAUAUUCAAGUCGAGCUCUGGAGCAGGAGGCACAUCGGACCACGGCAGAACACGACAGGACCAGAGCAGAACAUGACAGGACCACAAUCUCCUCCACGGAUGUGCUAGAACAAGAACAACAGCAUUAUGCUGUGCGAUCACCAGAAGAUGAGCACUGCGAAGUAGAGAGAGACCGUGUCCUAGAUGAUCAUUUUUUCGGAGUCUCUCAGCAUUGCCCAGCACAGCAGCUACAAGAAGGUAGUCCACGGACGAUUCCAGGUUUGGGAGGAAUUGGAGCUUUCGAGGAACACGACUCUGGUAUAUCUAUGGAAGCCAACGUAGGAGGACGAGAAGUUCUAGGAGAAAGACUAGGACCAGGAGCGGGACAACUACUAGGACCCGCACUACAUCAACCAGAUGAAGGAGGACCAGUUGUACAACAAGUAGAAGCAAGAACUGGUGGAGCUGAUUUCCCUAUCUCUGGAUCACAGGACGUAGUUGAAGAUCUUGCGCGGCCUCCUGGCUCUGCUGGACAAAUUUCUAAGAAUUCUGCAGCGUCUGCAGUAGAAUCCACCUUGGGAGGACACUAUUCUGAAGACUCAAGCAUCUUAAUCACAGUAUCGGAUCGCAUUCUGGCACUGCGAAACUUUCGCCCUCCGUUAUCUUAAAGAGCAGCACGACUACGGAACCUACGGCCCCCUCAGGUGUGAAGAAGAUCAUCGUCGAUGGAACCUACGGCCUCAGUCUCAAUCGAGAACAUCUUACCUCCCUUGUUAAAUGGAGGAUGAGGAAGCGCCAGGAACUGAGCCUUAGAACCUUGCCUAUGGCAGAAGUGCUGGUGUGAAGGUGAUUCUGGCCGCUUGGCACCAAUUAUAGCCUGGACUCGGCUCAUUGCAGUGCGGAACCUGGACUCUUCGACGGGGCGUCGGCCGGAGCAAGUAUUCGAAAGCCUUCUCCGCCUCUCGGUCAGUGAGCAGCCAGUCCUUGAAAGCCUCCUGGGGCACUCGGCAUUCCUCAGCCGAUGAGCAAAUUACGACAUGGAUAUGGAUAAAAACCGCUCCGGGCGAUUACCGCUCCUGGCGACGGUAUUCAUUUGCAGCGAAUGAAUAAUAUCCGGUCGCACAUAAUUUUGACGUGACGCUCUUGCAGGAACAACCGCGCAACUCUCCACAGACGAGAAGUGCGCAAACCGAAGCCUGGCGUCGGCAUGUGAGAAGUUCGAUAACGGAAAAAAAAAAAUAACGAUGAAAAGGAAAGACAACAUCUUCUACAGCACUCAGGCAGUCACCCUUUGAUGUUUUUACUCACAAGCAGGUGCAAGAAAUAUCCACCCGCCAACAUGAUGAAUGACUUUCGACUCGAGAUUCCUCCUCCUGCUGAGCACGAGCAUCCCUCUAUGCUGUAAGCGGUGUAAUGCCUUCCGCAUAUCGAACCUCCACACUUCCUCUAGCUAGAGUUUUAACGCCAAACAGUAGAGAUAGCAAGACGAAGAC